AUUGUGUCACUCACUCUGCACCUUUACUUUUUUUUUAUUAAAAAUUCUAGCUCACUAUGCUUCGCGAAGGAAUAGACUGUGAGCAAUUUGUUAUACCAGGGGAAAAAGUUGCAGAUCUCAAAAAUUUUCAGUGUGGAAGUAACACCUACUUACGCGGAAAUUUUAUAUAUUCGAGCAUAGUGGGAAUUAAAAAUAUUUCUAAAGAAAGUAAGGAGGGGAAAAAAAUUGUUUCAGUGGUACAACGAAAUCCUUAUACAGCUGUUAUCCCAGAGGUGGGAAGUUUUGUAUAUGCCAGAGUUAUUAGCGUAAAUCCUCGUUUCUGUAAAUGCGCUAUAAUCUGUGUUAAUUCCUUACCUUUGCAGCACGACUACACCGGCAUCAUCAGAGUGCGAGAUGUACGUGCAACUGAACCUGAUAAAGUAGAAAUCUACAAUUCCUUUCGGCCUGGAGAUAUAGUGCGUGCAGAAGUGAUUUCGCUAGGAGAUUCUCGUUCUUACUAUCUUAGCACUGCGAAAAAUGAACUUGGUGUUAUUUAUGCCAAAAGUAUGGCAGGCGAAAUGAUGAUCCCAAUUAACUGGUGCGAAAUGCAAUGUCCAAAAACAAAAGUGAAGGAAUUUCGCAAAACUGCUAAACCUUCUAUUUCGGAGAAAAACUAG